AUGUCAAAAAACAAAAGUUCUGGCAGUGAUCUGAAACAAGAGGAUGUCUUACAAGCUGUUGUUUUGGCUGAUUCCUUUGAUUUUAGAUUCAGCCCUAUUACACGUUCUGCACCUCGGGUGAUUUUACCACUUGUAAGUAUUCCUAUGUUGGAUUAUACAUUGGAAGCCCUGGAAAAUGCUGACUUUGAUGAAGUGAUAGUUUUUUGCAGCUAUCAUGCUAAAGAUAUUGAAAAACACCUUGAACUCUGGCAGAAGAAAGCUUCAUUCAACCUCAUUGUAUUGACUUUAAAAGGUUGUUUUUCUCUUGGUGAUGCAAUGAGGGACAUUGACAAUCGUAGUCUCUUGAGAAGUGACUUUCUCUUGUUAUUUGGAGAUCUAGUUACCAAUUUGAAAUUAGAUGAACUUAUUGAAGUUCACAAAGCAAAUCGACAAAAGGAUAAAUCUGCUGUGCUUACUAUGGUGAUGACAGAAGUGAAUCCUUCUCAUCCCAGUCGACAUUAUGACAAUGAUUAUCUGGUGGUCGUUUCUCGAGAUAAUAACCGUGUCCGGCAUUUCCAAAGAUCUAGCCAUGAAUUUAAAAUACCAAGUGCUGUAGCAAAAACUGAAGUCAACAUUCUCUUUGGGCUUUUAGACUGUCAUCUUUGCAUCUGUUCACCUGUAAUACCUCAAAUGUUCAUUGAUGAUUUUGACUUUCAAACCAGAGAUGAUUUAAUCAAAGGAGUACUCUUAAAUGAAGAAAUAAUGGGUAAAUCAAUAUAUUUACAUGUGCCUAACGAAGGAUAUGCAUGUCGAGUGAUCAAUCCUCAAUUAUAUUGUGCUGUCAGUCUUGAUAUCUUGAGGAGGUGGUCAUACCCUUAUGUUCCAGAUUUAUUUAUGCCAACAUUAACUAGCAAUAAAGAAAUAUAUCCAGUUUCUUAUCGUAGCAACAACGUUUACCAAGCUAAAAAUGUAGUUUUAGAAAGAGGUUGCAAGCUCUUAAAAAAUGUAUUUGUUGGUCAGAAUACAAAUAUUGAUAGUGGUUCUGUGAUAAGUGAUUCUGUGAUUGGAAAUAACUGCAUUAUUGGGAAGAAUGUAGAAAUCACAGGUGCAUAUUUAUGGGAUAAUGUUAAGAUCUCUGACAGUUGUAUUAUUCAUAGAUCCAUCCUGUGUAGCAACACUGAACUGAAGUCUAAAGUAACUAUAAAAGAUAAUUGUAUUCUUUCUUGGGGAGUUAUUGUAGGUGACAUUAGCAAGACAGUGGUUCUUGAAAGGCAAACCCAGUUGAUACGAGCAUCAGAUUCAGAAGAAGAAAACAAAAAAAAUCCUGACACAGAAACAUAUGGAUCAGAAACUAAUGCUAUAACUUAUGACAACAUUGAUAAUGAUGAUGGCUAUGAUGAAGAAGAUGAAACAUUUACGAAAGAUAAAUGGGGUAUAAAGAUUCUAGGCCCAGAACCUGAAGAUGAUGAUGAUGAUUCUGAUAGUGAUGAUUCUAAUAGUGAUGUUGGUUAUUCGAAUGUUGAAGAAUUUGAGGCAAAUGCAUAUUACCCAGAAUUGAUUGAUACCAUGCAACGUGCUGAAGAAAUGAAUACAAGUCCAGAAAACUUAAUUUUAGAAAUCAAUUCACUCAAACAUUCUUACAAUAUUUCCAUAAAGGAAGUCAAUCAGACUGUCAUGCAGGCCACAAUUGAAAUGCCUUUGAAAAAGAUUCAAAGUGACAGUGCAAAAGAGAUUGCCAAAAGUGUACUUGAUAAUAUCAAAUCAAAGCUUCCAGUAUUGAAGAAUUAUAUUCAGACAACAGAAUCUCAAAGAGAUUGCUUGGAUGUUCUUGAAUCAAACAGCAAGAAAGAUACAAAAAUUGCAAGCAUUUUGUUGGUUCUUUUGCAAUUGCUUUAUGACAAAGAUAUCCUUGAGGAAGACAUUAUUACUGGAUGGUUUAAUGAACUUACAGAUGGCAAAUUGAGACAAAAGGUUUCACGCAAAAAGUUACCUCUCUCAAGCUCACAAAAUAAAUACCUUAUUCCCCCUAAACCCACACUGCAUCACAUUUCCUUUCUCCACCUAAGAAAUGCACCUCCUCUCACUUCCUUAGUUUCCAGUUUCUCCCAUUUGUUUGCUCCAGAAGACAUUGUUAGUCGAGAAGGUCGUUUUUUUCCCCUUCUCAGAAAGUUAACUUAA